AUGCUAAGAUUUUAGUCAAUCUGGAUAAAUCUCAAUACUCCUAUCUAGAAGUUUAUCUAGUAAUACUAGAAGUUUGACCUUGAAUUUAUGAGUUCAAUGGGUUGAACCUGGUCGCUGGUUUAAUGGUAUCUCUCUUUUUCCUUUUGAGAUAGAAGAAAAGAGACGAGAAAAAAUUUGAUACCAUCAGUUCUGAUUUUUUCAUUUUAUUUUUGGUUUAAUUACUAUUAACCUUUUUAUUUAUCUCUUUAAACAGGGUUCAUCAGUUUUGAUUGUGGGUUAUCGCCGGAUGAACAGUCUCCUUAUAAUGAGGAAACUGGAUUACAGUUCUUAUCAGAUUCAAGUGUCAUCCAAAGUGGACAAAUUGGUAAAAUUGAUGCAAGUGUGGAGUGGAAGUACCCAAAGUCACAGACAACGUUGAGAUACUUUCCAGACGGAAUGCGAAACUGUUACAAUCUUAGUGUGCAUAAAGAAACAAAGUAUUUGAUUAGGGUUACAAGUAACUAUGGAAAUUACGAUGGUCGUAACGAACCUCCUAGAUUUGAUUUGUACUUAGGCCCUAACUUCUGGGUAACAAUAGAUUUGGGGAAGCAUGUAAAUGGUGAUACAUGGAAGGAGAUUAUUCAUAUCCCAAAGUCAAACUCUCUAGAUGUGUGUCUUAUCAAAACAGGUACAACAACGCCAAUUAUAUCGACCUUGGAACUAAGGUCUCUACCAAAGUAUAGUUACAACGCAAUAUCAGGUUCUUUGAAGUCGACACUGAGGGCAUUCCUAAGCGAAUCAACAGAAGUUAUAAGGUACCCAAAUGAUUUCUACGAUCGGAUGUGGGUUCCACAUUUUGAGACGGAAUGGAAGCAAAUUUCUACCAAUCUCAAAGUGAACAGCUCCAAUGGUUAUCUUCUGCCACAGGAUGUGCUCAUGACCGCCGCAAUACCUGUGAAUACUAGUGCACGAUUGAGUUUUACCGAGAAUCUUGAGUUCCCUCAUGAUGAACUUUACCUGUACUUCCACUUCUCUGAGGUCCAAGUCUUACAGGCCAACCAGAGUAGAGAGUUCAGCAUUUUGUGGAACGGAAUGGUUAUUUACCCAGAUUUUAUCCCUGACUAUCUUGGUGCCGCCACUGUGUACAACCCGUCACCAUCUCUUUGUGAAGUAGGGAAAUGCUUAUUAGAGCUUGAAAGAACUCAGAAAUCAACUCUCCCGCCUCUCCUUAACGCCAUUGAAGUUUUCACAGUGAUGAAUUUUCCACAGUCUGAGACAAACGAUGAUGAUGUAAUUGCUAUAACAAAGAUCAAAGACACACACAGAUUGAAUAGAACCUCCUGGCAAGGAGAUCCAUGCGUCCCUCAACUGUUUUCGUGGGCCGGUCUAAGUUGCAUUGACACGAAUGUAUCUACCCCACCAAGAAUCAUUUCCCUAAACUUGUCUUCAAGUGGGUUAACAGGAAACAUAGCAACUGGAAUUCAAAAUCUGACCAAACUGCAAAAGCUGGACUUGUCAAAUAACAAUUUGACAGGAGUAGUGCCCGAAUUUCUAGCUAACAUGAAAUCGUUGCUGUUCAUAGACUUGAGGAAGAACAAACUGAAUGGUUCAAUACCAAAGACUCUACUUGAUAGAAAAAAGAAAGGACUACAAUUAUUUGUUGAUGGCGAUGAUGAUAAGGGCGAUGAUAAUAAGUGUUUAUCCGGUUCAUGUGUCCCAAAAAUGAAAUUCCCAUUGAUGAUUGUUGCAUUAGCGGUUUCUGCGGUUGUGGUCAUUGCAGUGGUAAUGAUUCUCAUUUUUCUGUUCAGAAAGAAAAAGAAAUCAAGUUUAGGUAUUACGUCAGCUGCUAUAUCUGAAGAAUCGAUUGAGACGAAAAGGAGAAGGUUUACCUAUUCUGAAGUUGUGGAAAUGACAAAAAACUUCCAAAAAACUCUAGGUGAAGGAGGGUUCGGAACCGUGUAUUAUGGUAAUUUGAAUGGUUCAGAGCAAGUAGCGGUUAAAGUACUCUCGCAAUCAUCAUCACAGGGCUAUAAACACUUCAAGGCAGAGGUCGAACUUCUUUUAAGAGUUCACCACAUAAAUUUGGUGAGUCUUGUUGGAUAUUGCGAUGAAAGAAAUCACUUGGCCCUCAUCUACGAAUGCAUGUCCAAUGGAGACUUAAAAGAUCAUUUGUCAGGAAAAAAGGGUAACGCUGUUUUGAAAUGGAGUACUAGACUACGAAUAGCUGUCGAUGCUGCGCUAGGAUUGGAAUACUUGCAUUAUGGAUGUCGACCAUCGAUAGUGCAUAGAGAUGUCAAAAGUACCAAUAUACUGCUGGAUGAUCAGCUCAUGGCCAAAAUUGCUGAUUUUGGGCUUUCAAGAUCAUUCAAACUCGGAGAAGAAUCACAGGCUUCCACGGUUGUUGCUGGUACUCUUGGAUACCUUGAUCCCGAAUAUUAUAGAACAUGUCGGUUGGCUGAGAUGAGUGAUGUAUACAGUUUCGGUAUUUUACUACUAGAGAUAAUCACAAACCAAAAUGUGAUUGACCAUGCCCGCGAAAAGGCUCACAUUACAGAAUGGGUAGGACUUGUGCUUAAGGGAGGAGAUGUUACUAGGAUUGUUGAUCCUAACCUUGACGGUGAAUAUAACUCUCGUUCAGUUUGGAGAGCUCUUGAAUUGGCUAUGUCAUGCGCCAACCCUUCUUCAGAACAUCGACCAAUCAUGUCCCAGGUUGUUAUCGAUCUAAAAGAGUGUUUAAAUACUGAAAACUCAAUGAAAAUAAAGAAAAAUGACACGGACAAUGAUGGUUCUCUGGAACUGAGCUCGAGUGAUACUGAGGCGGUCCCUUGUGCAAGGUAG